AUGCACGAUUGCUUCGUAGACGAUGACAAGAUAGCCAUGCUCAUGUCCUACGUACCCUACACUCUGAGUGAUGCGCUCCACAAUGGAUACGGUGUGAAGCCAUACUACGAACAAGACCAGCCGCUACAGUAUCUCCCUUUGAGUUUCGUUGCUCACUUUAGUGCACAGGUGGCUAAUGCCCUGUCUGACAUGCACAGACGGAAUAUAGUGCACAGGGACCUGACGCCUUACAACGUGCUGCUGACAGAAGAUCUCACAGUGAAGGUGGCUGACAUGGGCCACUCUAGACAUUCCUCCAAAUGGAUGAGCCCAACUGUGGUCACGGAGGCGUACAGGGCCCCGGAAUUGUUUUGCCCAAAACGUAAAUCGGCAGAGUACACAUGUGCUAUAGACAUGUGGAGCCUGGGGGUGAUGAUAGUGGACACAAUGGAAGGGAGGGUUAUGUUCUGUGGCCGUAACAUCCAACGUGUGAAUAUGUCCACGUUCAAGAUCAUCACAAAGACUCUAUGUCCCCAAGACCACCCCAGUGCAUCAAGCACACCGUGUGACCCUGACAUCAUAAUGCCCAAAGUGAUGCAGAGUGACCUAGUGAGAAGGAUAGUCUUCAGAUUGCUGAAUUUCUAUGACACAGAGAGACUCUUGGCUCAUGAGCUGCUUCAGGACACAGAAUGGAUGCAGGCUGCUAUGACCAAGGAAGACCAAGUUAUCAUCAAAGACCAGAUACAGCUAAAUAAAUUUCAGAUUGGUUGA